UUCUUUCUUAUUAUUUAAAAAAAAAAAAGACAUUUCCAAUCUUUUUCACUCAUUAAAAGAAACUAUGGCUCGUUUCAUUUGCUUCAUGGCAUUUGUGGUCUUGGCAAUGAUGCUCUUUGUUUCCUAUGAGGUGCAAGCUCAGCCUAUGUGUAAAUCAACAAGCCAAACCUUCAAAGGAUUAUGUUUUACCGACUCAUCAUGUAGAAAAGCUUGUCUCAAAGAGGAGUUUGAAGGUGGACAUUGUAGCAAACUUCAAAGAAAGUGCCUAUGCACUAAGAUUUGUGUAUUUGACAAAAUUUCAAAUGAAGUUAGAAUCAACUUUGGGUGGGGAAGCAAAAACUCUUAAGUGAAGUUGUGCUUGAAGAUGAGAUUAUGAUGGAGUAAUUAAGUAAUAUUAAUUAAGGAUUUGAGUGUCAAAAACAAAAUUAAAUAAUCUUGUAUUAUUGGCCUUUAGUAGCCAGUUAACACAUUAAAUAAGUUGAGACUCAUGAUUUAUCCUUUU